AUGUCCAAAAUCAAAAUCAAACAAUCAAAAAGACAAUCAAAGGGACAAAGAAAUCAAAAGCAAUACAUCACAGAAAUACUAAAAAAUAAUACGACACAGAAAAAGCACGAACAACGAAUUACCAUCAGACUAAAUGAAGAACCACAAACACUAGACCCGGAAGAAAAGUGGGAAAGCAUAAAAGAAGCAGUUUUAAACACCAGUAAAGAAACAUUAAUUAAAGGAAUAAUGGGAGAAAAACUGGACAAAUUUUUGUUGUUAAUGUGGAAGAAUUGGCUGCUGCAAUAUAGAAAACCAAUUCAAACUAUGAUAGAAAUUAUUGCUCCUGUUCUCUUUUCAUUCCUUUUGGUCUACAUAAGAAGUUUGUCAGAUCCAACAUAUCAACAUGAAAGAAUAUUUAAGCCAUUUUGUGCACUAGAGCCAAACUUCAAUAUUAGCCUACCGUUUUGUAACGACCCAGAUGCCGCACACGCAGGACUAUCAAUAUUUAGUUCUAUGCAAGCCAGCGAUAGAGGUAAUCCUAGGCCUUCGCCGCUUUAUGUUACGUUGAUUUAUCCAACUGGCAAUGGUGUUAUCUUGCGUGUUUUGUCAGGAAGCUCAGCUGAAUUAGAAAAAAUAUCAUUAGCGGGAAACGCAUCCUACUAUGGUAUCGAGUUUGGAGGCGAAAGAGAAAAUUUAGAGGUUAAUAUCAGAUUUCCAGGAGAAACAGUGUAUCAAUUAGAUACGAUUGAGCCUCGAAAUUGGAGGACCAAUUUGGUGUACCCCGUGUUUCAAAGCGCUGGUCCAAGAUCCCCCGAUAAUGCUACUGGAUCAGCACCAAAUUAUUUUGCUGAGGGAUUUCUGGCCAUGCAACAUUUUGUGGCUACUGCUCUUAUUCUAGCAGAUAAGGGUAUUAAAUAUAACGAUCCAGACCUGAGUGAAUUAUAUAAUUUUUUUAUGAACAAAUCUAAUCCAUUUCCUCUCAUAUACAUGCAACGAUUUCCGUAUGCCAGUUGGUUCAGCGAUCAACUGCUAACAGCACUGACAAGCAUGCUUGGAAUGAUUGUUAUGCUUAGUUUUGUCUAUACGUGUAUAAAUACAGUCAAAGCUAUCACCACAGAAAAAGAGAAACAGUUAAAGGAAUCAAUGAAAAUUAUGGGGCUUCCUAACUGGCUACAUUGGUUGGCUUGGUUUGUCAAGUGCUUCAUUUUUGUGGUAAUCUCUGUAGCAUUUAUGGUAAUACUUCUCAAAAUAAGAUGGUACUCAAACACAGAAUACACAGUUUUUACCUAUGCAGAUCCAUUCGUAUUGUUUGUAUUUCUAUUACUAUAUUGUUGCUCUAUGAUUACUUUUUGCUUUGCUCUGAGCGUCUUUUUUUCCAAAGCAAACACUGCAGCAACUAUGGCAGGUUUAGCAUGGUUCAUAUCUUAUGCUCCUUAUCUAUUUAUGCAGAAUAACUACUCUGAGCUUGCGUUAUCUACUAAAUUAUUAUCAAGUUUGUUGCCAAAUACUGCUAUGGCUUUUGGAUUCCAAGUUGUACUUAUGUAUGAAGGAACCGGAGAUGGUGUAAGCUGGAGCACUCUAUUUAAACCAAAUACCCCAGAUGACACCUUGAGCUUGGGAUUAGUAUGGAUAAUGAUUAUAAUAAACACAAUAAUGUAUCUACUGAUUGCUCUUUAUAUAGAGGCAGUAUUUCCAGGAGAAUACGGAGUAGCUCAAAGAUGGUACUUCCCAUUCACAAAGAAAUAUUGGUGUGGAAAUCAAGAUAUUUCAGAUUACAAUAACUAUAAUGAACAUUCAGCUAAUGAAUUCUUUGAAACGGAACCUAACCUUAGACCUGGAAUUCAGAUAUUUAAUCUAAAGAAAGUUUUUGGCAAGAAAACCGCUGUAAGGGGCCUAAGCUUAAAUAUGUUUGAAAAUCAAAUCACAGUUUUGUUGGGUCAUAAUGGAGCGGGAAAAACUACAACGAUGUCCAUGUUAACAGGUCGAACGAUAUUGCUUAGUACCCAUUUUAUGGACGAAGCAGAUCUUUUGGGAGAUAGAAUAGCAAUUAUGGCUGGUGGAGAGUUGCAAUGCUGUGGAUCUAGCUUCUUUUUAAAGAAAAAAUACGGUGCGGGAUACAGUCUUAUUAUGGAUAAAGCAAAAACUUGUAAUCCACAUAAAGUUACAGAGCUACUGAAAAAGUUUAUACCAGAAAUAGAGAUCCAUAGCAAUGUUGGAAGUGAACUAACUUAUUUGUUAUCUGAAAAUAACGCUCCUGUGUUCGAAGCACUGUUAAAACAAAUAGAACAAGAGUCAUAUGAACUUGGAAUCAGAAGCUAUGGUAUUUCAUUAACCACUAUGGAAGAAGUGUUUAUGAAAGUUGGUGCAGAUCAUGGCCAAGAAGAGAUUUACAAUGAAAAACAGAAAAAGGACAAAAAAGAAAAAAAUCCGAUACUCACUUCUGCCGAUUUAGCUAGUAUGGACGAAAAUGGUUCAAAAACAAGUAUCGAAUGUUCUUCAGAAAAUUCUUUAGCUUUGGAUGAUACUGUGAAUAUUACUAUGAUACGAGAAUAG